GUUGCCGCAGUGACGGAGCCGGGGGAGGGCGAAGAUGGCGGCGCCUCUGCCGCGACGCUCUCAGCACCACCACCACCAUCACCCGCCGCCCGGGCCGGCCUCGCCGCCCGCCGCCUCCUCCCCGCCGCGCAGCCCCAGCCUGGCCCCCGCCGAGCUCGGCCCCGCCGCGCAGCGCCGCAGCCUGGCCGGCCUCGAGGGCGAGGCUCCCCCCGACGCCGAGCGGCCGCCGGCCCCGGAGUGCUCGGAGGCCCCGGGGCCGCCGCCGGGCUCGGGCAGCAGUUCCAGCAGCACCUCCUCGUCCUCCUCCGCCUCCUCGUCGGUCGCGUCGAGUCCGGCAGCGGAGAGUCCCGAGGCGGCGGGGCCGGGCGCGGCGAGCGGGGCGUUCCGCGAGCUGCUGGAGGCCUGCCGCAAUGGGGACGUGACGCGCGUCAAGCGCCUGGUGGACACCGGCAACGUCAACGCCAAGGACAUGGCCGGCCGCAAGUCCACGCCGCUCCACUUCGCCGCCGGUUUUGGAAGGAAGGAUGUUGUAGAGCACUUGCUACAGACAGGAGCCAACGUUCAUGCUCGUGACGAUGGAGGGCUGAUACCCCUUCACAACGCCUGUUCUUUUGGUCAUGCUGAAGUGGUUAGUCUGUUACUGUGUCAAGGAGCAGACCCAAACGCUAGAGACAAUUGGAACUACACUCCUUUGCAUGAAGCUGCUAUCAAGGGGAAGAUAGAUGUGUGUAUUGUGCUGCUGCAGCACGGAGCUGAUCCAAACAUUCGGAACACCGAUGGGAAGUCUGCACUGGAUCUGGCAGACCCUUCAGCAAAAGCUGUACUCACGGGUGAAUACAAGAAGGACGAACUCCUGGAAGCUGCUAGGAGUGGUAAUGAAGAAAAGCUGAUGGCUUUAUUGACUCCUUUAAAUGUGAACUGCCAUGCAAGUGAUGGGCGUAAGUCCACUCCUUUACACCUAGCAGCAGGCUACAACAGAGUUCGAAUAGUCCAACUUCUGCUCCAGCACGGUGCAGAUGUUCACGCAAAGGACAAAGGUGGUCUUGUGCCUCUUCACAACGCAUGUUCAUACGGACACUACGAAGUGACAGAGCUGCUGCUUAAGCAUGGUGCCUGUGUGAAUGCUAUGGAUCUCUGGCAGUUUACCCCGUUGCACGAAGCUGCUUCCAAGAACCGCGUAGAGGUCUGCUCCCUCCUGCUGAGUCACGGUGCAGAUCCCACGUUAGUCAACUGCCAUGGCAAGAGUGCAGUCGAUAUGGCUCCAACGCCUGAGCUAAGGGAGAGACUGACCUAUGAAUUCAAAGGACACUCUUUACUGCAAGCAGCCAGAGAAGCAGACCUAGCCAAAGUGAAAAAGACACUUGCUUUGGAGAUCAUUAAUUUUAAGCAGCCACAGUCACAUGAGACUGCACUGCACUGUGCUGUGGCCGCUGUGCAUCCCAAGCGGAAGCAAGUUACUGAGCUGUUGCUCAGGAAAGGAGCAAAUGUUAACGAGAAAAACAAAGAUUUCAUGACACCUUUGCAUGUUGCAGCUGAAAAAGCUCAUAAUGAUGUGAUGGAAGUUCUGCAUAAACACGGAGCAAAGAUGAAUGCACUGGACACCCUUGGUCAGACAGCAUUGCAUAGGGCUGCAUUGGCAGGUCACUUGCAAACCUGCCGGCUCUUGCUGAAUUAUGGCUCUGAUCCCUCCAUCAUCUCUUUACAAGGCUUCACAGCGGCACAGAUGGGAAAUGAAGCAGUGCAACAGAUUCUAAGUGAAAGUACACCUGUGCGCACAUCUGAUGUGGAUUAUCGGUUGUUAGAAGCAUCCAAAGCUGGAGACUUGGAAACUGUGAAGCAACUUUGCAGCCCUCAGAAUGUGAAUUGCAGAGAUUUGGAAGGCCGUCAUUCAACACCGCUGCACUUUGCUGCAGGAUAUAACCGUGUGUCAGUGGUGGAGUAUCUGUUGCACCAUGGGGCAGAUGUACAUGCCAAAGACAAAGGUGGCUUAGUACCCCUGCACAAUGCCUGUUCUUAUGGACACUACGAAGUGGCUGAACUCUUAGUGAGGCACGGUGCUUCUGUCAACGUCGCAGACCUGUGGAAAUUCACUCCUCUACAUGAAGCAGCAGCAAAAGGAAAAUAUGAAAUCUGCAAGCUGCUUUUAAAACAUGGAGCGGAUCCGACAAAAAAGAAUCGAGAUGGGAACACUCCUCUAGAUUUGGUGAAAGAAGGAGACACGGAUAUCCAGGACUUACUGCGAGGAGAUGCUGCCUUGCUAGAUGCUGCCAAGAAGGGGUGCCUGGCACGAGUGCAGAAGCUGUGUACUCAAGAAAAUAUCAACUGCAGAGACACCCAGGGAAGAAAUUCAACUCCGCUACAUCUUGCCGCUGGUUACAACAAUUUGGAAGUUGCUGAAUACCUUCUUGAGCAUGGUGCUGAUGUUAAUGCCCAGGACAAAGGAGGAUUAAUCCCCCUACACAAUGCAGCAUCCUAUGGGCACGUGGAUAUUGCAGCACUGUUGAUCAAAUACAAUACGUGUGUAAAUGCAACAGAUAAAUGGGCUUUCACACCAUUGCAUGAAGCUGCACAAAAAGGAAGAACACAACUCUGUGCUCUGCUGUUAGCUCACGGAGCAGAUCCAACAAUGAAGAAUCAAGAGGGUCAGACGCCACUAGACCUGGCAACAGCUGAUGAUAUCCGAGCUUUGCUGAUAGAUGCGAUGCCUCCAGAAGCUUUGCCUACAUGCUUUAAGCCUCAAGCUACUGUUGUUAGUGCCUCCCUGAUCUCACCAGCAUCUACGCCGUCCUGCCUCUCCGCUGCCAGCAGUAUAGAUAACCUUACUGGGCCGCUGGCAGAACUAGCUGUAGGAGGGGCAUCCAAUGCUGGUGAUGGAGCAGCGGGAACUGAAAGGAAGGAAGGAGAAGUUUCUGGUCUUGACAUGAAUAUUACCCAGUUCCUAAAAAGCCUAGGUCUUGAACACCUUCGGGACAUCUUUGAGACAGAACAGAUAACCCUGGAUGUGCUGGCAGACAUGGGGCACGAAGAGCUUAAAGAAAUUGGGAUCAAUGCAUAUGGACACCGCCACAAAUUAAUUAAAGGUGUGGAGAGACUUCUAGGAGGGCAGCAAGGCACCAAUCCUUAUUUGACUUUCCACUGCGUGAGUCAGGGGACCAUUCUCCUUGACCUUGCUCCUGACGAUAAGGAGUAUCAGUCUGUAGAAGAGGAGAUGCAAAGUACAAUCCGGGAGCAUCGAGAUGGUGGAAAUGCUGGCGGGAUCUUCAAUAGGUAUAAUGUCAUCAGGAUUCAAAAGGUCGUGAACAAGAAGUUGCGGGAAAGAUUCUGUCACAGGCAGAAGGAGGUCUCAGAAGAGAAUCAUAAUCAUCACAAUGAACGCAUGUUGUUUCAUGGGUCUCCUUUUAUCAAUGCUAUCAUUCACAAAGGAUUUGAUGAAAGGCACGCGUACAUUGGAGGAAUGUUUGGAGCUGGAAUUUACUUUGCCGAGAACUCCUCAAAAAGCAACCAAUAUGUGUAUGGGAUAGGGGGAGGAACAGGCUGUCCCACACACAAAGACAGGUCCUGCUAUAUCUGCCACAGACAAAUGCUUUUCUGUAGAGUGACCCUUGGAAAAUCCUUUCUUCAGUUCAGCACAAUGAAAAUGGCUCAUGCCCCUCCAGGACACCAUUCUGUUAUUGGCCGGCCAAGUGUGAAUGGACUUGCGUACGCUGAAUAUGUUAUCUACAGAGGAGAACAGGCAUACCCGGAAUAUCUCAUUACAUACCAGAUUGUGAAACCAGAAGCUCCCUCACAGACAGCAACAGCAGCAGAGCAAAAGACCUAGUAGCUACAGAGCAGUGAAGGAGGAUGCAACUUCGAUCUUGGACUGGUUGGAUACAUGUUUCAGAAAAUCAGUAUCAUACAAAAUCCUUAACAACCUGGAAAUAAGCUGUAUGUCUUUUAUAAGGAUCGCUGUCUUGAUAAAUAUGAUAUGAGUAACACUUGCAUACUCGACUGCUACUGUUCCUUUUGAGGAAAGUUUACAAGGGACUGCCUUUUAAUAACGUAUCUCAGGCUCCUGGUCUCUGCAGUUACCAUGUGUAAAAUAAUGUUGUUUUUACUUAGACUUUGGGAACAUUAUUGUGGAAAUCUUCAUCAAUGCCAUCUCACAUGUUAAAAUUUCAGACACUACUAGUUAUUUUAUUUGCAGAUAACUUGCAUUAAGCCCAUAAUUUUCUUUUCAGCAUACACCAUUCACUUUGUGUUUUCAAGAGAUCCUAGUUAACUAUUUAUUUUCCUUUUGUAUUCUGAAGUUGAGCCGGAACCUUCUUCAAGAUAUUUUGCACAAAGUCGGUUUGACUAAAAUCAUUAAUAAUGCAAUAUGAAUUUCAUCUGAGAAGGGGCUAGGUCCAGUUCUUCAAUAGAGGGGCUUUUUUGCACACCUCUGAGCAAACGAUAAUGUGAGUGAGUGUAACUUUUGAGUGGAAACAAAUUGUUAGUUCACUGUUUUGUCCUGAGUUUUCUGGGGAAAGCCCUGGGAAGUGUGCAAGGGUAAAACCAGCUUUUGUGCUUGGAAGAACUUCAUAAAGCAGGUUAAUGCCCUCUGCUGGCAUCUCUAAAAGGAACUUUUCAUAAGGUUCCUAUUAAAUACAUGCAGUUUGUGAAAUGUUCUCCAGUUACAGUGACGUAUGGUUGUGUUGAGAAAUAGCAAGUGAGAAGUCAGAAGGCUGCAUACACGAGGGUGUAUCAGGUUUGUGUCCUUCUGUGGUAUGGGACUCAGUAAUGGGUUUCAGACUAGUAAGGGAGAGUGUAUUUUAGCAGUUUCAUGUCGCAUCUUUGUAUGUGACAUCACAGUUGAAGAGCUUAAAGGAUUUACAAAAAUACUAAUGCUUUUAAAUAUCUAUUUUACAUUUUGAUGAGAAUGAACUUUUAAAACAUCAGCUGGCAAGUGGAUUUGUUUGCAGGUAUACCAGAGAACAAAGCUAGGAUUUGUUCACUCUAAUUCCCUUCCCUGCAAGUUCCCAGGUUUGUUUCACUGGGUAGGAGGAAGGGUGUUUUAAGCAUUGCAUAGCACAGCAUCAAACAAUUUCAUAAGUCCCUGUCCUGGAGGAUAUGCAUUUGGCAAAAGUCAAAACAGAUUUCUUCUUUGUGUUGUUUUUACAACUUAAGAGAAGGUUGAAAUUUAGGCAGUGUUAAUUCUUUUCUUGACAGCCAAUACAAGGAGAUGUGCUUCAGUGUUGAGCAUGUAAUGACUGAAGAAUAAAAUGUUCCUUUGAGCACAACACGCUGUACAUUUCCCUGUCAGCCACCACUACUUACUAUCUAAUGAUCCCAUUCAUGCGUUCAAGUUUUAUCCGCCUUUAAGCAAGGAAAUGACAGAAUAGCGUGCUUUUAGUUUACAAAAAUAUAUGUGCUCCCCGCAAGCGGGAUUUUGCUGAUGUGUUUGGAUAAAACAAACUUAAACCUGAAGAGCUUUUCACUUUCAGCAUUAAAACAUAAAGUUUUCAUUUUUAACAUAAAGAUAUUAAUGUUCAAGUAAGUUAUCCUCAUGGAGGAACUUCAUCCACUGUAAAAUCAGUCAUUUGAUGCAAUCUGGCUACCGGUACAUCAUCUGUUUGUAAUAUCUCUAACAAAAACCUUAGAAAUAGCAAUACUCCAACAGAUCUUGAACUUUGGGUUUUAUUUGUCUGAAGCUGGCAGUGGAUAUAUGGUUCUCGCUUCAUUUUAUGACCUGAUUAAAUAUGUAGCUUUGAAGUCCAAGCCAGGCUUUAGCCUAGUUCUUUUAAUCAAAUUUUCAUUGAUAAAAUUGGGUGCUUGUAUUUUGGCUACUUGUUUAAUAGCGUUAGGAUUGCGAAGAUCACCACUAGGCUUUGAAGCUUUGUAUUCAUCAUUUAAGUUUGGGAUUUGUUUUUAACUUAGUUAAUAAUGGAGUGGGGGGAUGUGCCUAUCUACACUAGGGUUUAAGAUAGUGUUGAGAGUGAGUGUUGCUCACCAUCCCCAGGUAGACAUAGUUUUAAGUGGUAAAACAGUUGUGCUGCUUAGGUGAGCGAAAUGGUUGAUGUGAGUGUGGAAGUUAAAAGCUUUACAUCUUUCAAAAACAAGAACAAAUCUAAACACAAAAACCCCACCAAGCCCGCACCAGACUCUGUUCUUGCUUGUUGUUUCCUGUGUGCUGAUCGAACUAAAGGCUAGUCUGGAUUUCUUCUGCAGCCUUGACCUUCCAGUGGAUAAAAAUAUUAUCCAGUAUCUUUGAACUGCCAGUGUUAACGUAUCUGAUGUUCUGUGCUGAGUAAGGUGCUGUGUGAGGAAAUCAUUUUGCAGUGGUUUUUGUCUUGUAAUGACAUGAUCUCAUAUCCGUUUGUGGCCAGACACAGAGGAAUACCCAGGCCUGAUGAUAUGUACGGUGUUGUAGCUCCUCUUACAGUUUAAAACAAAGUGAGGAUCUGCCCAUCAGCAUCAGUUGCCCAUGAAAAAGCUGGUCAUGGUUUUGGUGGUAGAGCUGUAUUAGGCAGAUAGUACAGAUGCUGCUGCUUUAGCUGGGGCAAUUAACCAGUUCUAUAGAAUGGGACCUAAAAACCAGCACGCCCCUUAACAAGGCAGCUGCUGCCUCCUGAGAAGUGAAGAGGUUUUUUGACUUUCUGAGAAGGGCAGUUCCCCGGCAAUGGGAUGCUCCUGUGCAGCAUUGGGUCACCAGCGGAGGCACGGUAGGAGCUGGGAUGCAAGAAGACGCUAGGAUAAACCAUCUUAUAGGCUUGGGUGCCUGAGGACCUCUCACUGAGGUCCUCACUGAGGACCGCUCCAGAAAGAGCGCUUCCCACAGGGACAGAACAUGGUGUCUGCUGGGGAAAAGGAAGGCAGUCGUACAUGCCUGUUGAUUUUCAUCCAUGUCCCUUUGAGGCAGUGUUUUGAAACACCUGAGCAGUUUGCGAUGGGACCUUAAUAGGCAAAACAAAGCAAUUUCACCACGUAGCAAAGAAGGGAGGGUUCCUGCUCUCCAUUGCUGAUAUUGUUUCCAUGAGACAGAUGAAUUAGGUACCUAGUGCAGUGGCAUUGCAGUCUGAAUGCUGUCAACAAAACUUCUGUUAGGAUUAAAAGCAGAGAGUACGGUACCUUAAUAAGGUGUAUCUUAUUUUCUCAUCCUUAUUUUUAUCUGCCAGUAUAUUUUGAUCCCAGCUCCACAGAGACUGUUACAAACCUCUUGUGCUAGUUCCACCAUUUUGCAGUCAAUAUCGGUCUGUAGUCCAAGGGAUGAGCAAUGUGUUUCCUAACCUCUGUUGCAAAUGUCUGCAUGUGAUGCGAAUGAAUCCCCCUGCAUUAUGCAGCAGGAAUUUCUUUUGUUGCCAACUUCUAUACUUUGCUCCUUGAUAACAGAAUACCCCAAACCAAAACUCUACACUGAAGCAAAAAGAAAGCCACAUAAAAUGUUCUGCACUGUUGGCCUUGAUGGGCAGCAGACAUGGAAGAGACACACGAGACUGGGGAGCUUCUGGAUAAAGGUGCUUCCUUGGCUCUGAAAACCAGCUGAUCCUUCUGUUUGUUGUGGGUUAGAGGAGACAUCUAUUCCCUGGGAACGUGUGAAGCGCUGGGGGGAUGCUAACAUGUUGUGUCUUUGCAUGGCCUGUGGGAACUACUUAACGCAGAUCUCCUCAGAAAAGACUCCCACAUCCCUGCAGUGAAGUCAGAACUCCUGCAGAGGUCAUGCACUACCUAGAAUUUCCACAUGAGACCGUUAAGAGAAAUUACCCAGAACAGAUUUUCCCAAAAUAUUCAUGGGGGGAGGUUCCAACCACAAAGCAGAUCUGUUUGAACAUCGCUAAUCAUUCUUGGACGCUGAAGGUUAGAAAAUGUUCAAUUUAGUUUUAAUGGGAUUUCUUCCUUUCCAUGCUGCUUUGCCACAGGAAAAUCUAGCUCAGAAAUCUUAAAAGGAGAUGCAUCUAAUGCGUUGCUUCAGACAUUUUAAGCUAUGUUGCAGCCCUGCUAAACAAGACGUGGGAAAGUUAGAUUUGGUUCUGUCCACAGAUAGAAAAUGGCUUGUGAACCUCCAAGCCUUCAGUCCUCUGAUGAUCAGAAGAGGUGGCUUUGGCACAGCCUGGAGCACGCUCCUGAUCUUUCAGAGGGGCAGGGCACACACAGAGAUGCAGUGGUAAUGUUCCCACUAUCUGAACCCAUAGUAGAAACCAAGAGGGUCAGGGGACAGCAUGUGCAUGUUAAAACUUCUGAAGCAAAGUGAAUGAACCCAUGAAUCCGUAGGGAAUGAGAAACAGAUGCAUUUCCCAUUACACCAACACAUAUGCCUGUCAGGUCCUAUUUUCUGACUGGUUUUGAUAUAUCUAUUUCUGUCCUACUGAACCUGGUGGCAGCAAAUCUUAGUGUUGGGUUCCAUUAAUUACUAAAUUAGCUGAAUUAGAGGCUCUGUAUUACAAGGUAAUUUUGACACUUUGUUCUUAACAUCUGCAGAACUUGCUUCAGUUUUGGAGAUUGAAAUGGGUUUUUUCUGUGCCACAGUCCCGUGACCUUGUGCAUCUUCAUUCCUAAUUGUUUUCUCCACUGGCCCAAAUGGUAACAUACCAGGGGGUUGAAUUUUUAGAUCUUUUUUUGUAUAACUUGUAUUCAUAACUAGCCCUGCGUGUUGCCUCUCUUGGUUGCAAAUUACCUGGAGCUGUGGUAUCAUUUAUUUCCUCCUUUCCCCCCUCUCUCAAAGAAGACGAUGGGCAGGUUCUCAGCCUACCUACAUGGUGGACUUUAGGUAACAUCUCUGUAACAACUGAGUUUGAUCUAUAAAUGUGCUUGGCUAAAUGUCUGAUCUGCAAUACUUGUAAUAGUUUAAAAUUCAAUAAAUACAUUUUUAACAGUU